UUGCCGGCCGCGCUGAGGUCACAGGGAGGCGGCCUGGCGCGCGAGCCGAGCGCCUGCGCCGAGCGGAGCCGAGCGGAGCCCAGCGAGCGGCGCACACGCGGACGCCCGCCCGGCCCCGCGCCGCCGCGGCAGGCCCGGCAUGGAGGAGGAGUGCCGGGUGCUCUCCAUCCAGAGCCACGUCGUCCGCGGCUACGUGGGCAACCGGGCGGCCACGUUCCCGCUGCAGGUUUUGGGAUUCGAGAUUGACGCGUUGAACUCCGUCCAGUUUUCAAACCACACAGGCUACCCACACUGGAAAGGUCAAGUGCUGAACUCCAAUGAACUCCAGGAGCUGUACGAAGGCCUGAAGCUGAACAACGUGAAUAAAUAUGACUAUGUGCUCACGGGCUACACGAGAGACAAGUCCUUCCUGGCCUCGGUGGUGGACAUCGUGCGGGAGCUGAAGCGGCAGAACUCGGGGCUCGUGUACGUGUGCGACCCCGUGAUGGGCGACAAAUGGAACGGCGAAGGCUCCAUGUACGUUCCGGAGGACCUCCUUCCAGUUUACAAAGAGAAGGUUGUGCCGGUAGCAGACAUCAUAACCCCCAACCAGUUCGAGGCUGAGUUACUGAGCGGCAGAAAGAUCCACAGUCAAGAAGAAGCGUUAGCGGUGAUGGACGUGCUGCACGCCAUGGGCCCCGACACGGUGGUCAUCACCAGCUCUGACCUGCCCUCCCCGAGGGGCAGCGACUACCUGAUCGCGCUGGGGAGCCAGAGGAUCCGGAACCCCGAUGGCUCUGUGGUGACGGAACGCAUCCGGAUGGAGAUGUACAAGGUCGACGCGGUCUUCGUGGGCACCGGGGACCUCUUUGCCGCUAUGCUCCUGGCAUGGACGCACAAGCACCCCAACAAUCUCAAGGUGGCCUGUGAGAAGACCUUGUCGGCCAUGCAUCACGUUCUGCAGCGGACCAUCGCGUGUGCAAAAGCCCAGGCAGGGGGAGGACUGAAGCCCAGCCCGGCGCAGCUGGAGCUGAGGAUGGUCCAGAGCAAGAAGGACAUCGAGAACCCGGAGAUCGUGGUCCAGGCCGCGGUGCUGUGAGGGCCCGCGUGCCACCUCCUAACGCACAGCGUGUCGGUGUCUCCAUCGUCGUCCCUGUGAAAAUGUAGCAUCUGCCUUAGAGCCGUGACCGAAACUUGAUAUUUUUUUCUUUCGUGAGUGUCCAGCCUCAACCGGUCUUAAUUGUGAAAACGUGCUGGUCGUGCUUUUUAAAAGUCACAAAGCGAUCACAGAAAUCUGUAAUUCUGGGAACCCAGCUCCCUGUCCCCCAGGGCUCCUGGGCCUCCCGGGAACCCUGCUCCCGUGGGCCCCCCGGCGGCGUCCCAUCCCUGGCGGGCGAGGGCCGGGGAAAGUCCUGGAGUCUGUGCGUCCCUGAGAAAGAGUUGGGUUUUAACCAUCCGCGUCUGGGCGAAUCCUGCCAAAUGCCUCUGUUGUCGUUGUGACCCGCCCCCCUUUGUUCCUGCUUGAGAAGUCUCGUUUGUGGCCUAGCUGUGGGGUAGGUCACCGGGGACUGCGUCACUGUGGGAACAGGUCGAGACCAGCUGGCCUGGACGCGCACCGGGGAUGAGGAAGGGCUCCCGAGGCUGGAACAGCCCGUGGCGAGACUGGCCCGUUGUGUUCCUGCCGGAAACCUCACCCGGUCUGUGGCACGCCGGGUUACGUCUGCGCGCUUGCCACCCUUGGCUGGCGACAGAUGCCUCGUGCCACGUGGUCGUGCAGAGACGGGUAGAGGGGCGUGGAUACCAUUGGCAUAUUUAACCCCACGAGCCAGUCACCCUGUGCACUCGCCCCUGCCCGCUCAGUCCUGCCUUCCGUGCCACCGGAAGCCGGGGUGCGCAAGGCCCCCUGAAAGGCAGCCACAGCUUGAGCCCCUUCUCCGAGGAGAGGGUGUUGGCAGAUCGGGGGAGGGGCCGGGGCAGAGCGCCGGGCUCGCAGCUCUCAGACGCCUCGGGCUGCGACACCAGGCCGGGCAUCUACUGCCCGGGGCACCCCCGGGCGUGGCUGCAAGCGAGGGUGCCCCUCUCCGCGCCGCCCUGGGGAGAGCAGAGGUCCGCCUCCCCCAGGAGCCUGCGGCCGGGAGGGGACAGAGCCUGCAGAGUGGGGGGGCCCCUCUCCGUCCCACAGGCGGGUCCUCUCCUGCAGCCUGCGCUCUCCUCUGCAGCAGGGCCAGUGUCCCCAGGAUCCACUGCCACCUCCUGGGCAGGGCGGUGUUCACUCUGUUGCAAACUCCCCGAAACAAAGAAAUACCAGCGUCCGUGCCGUUCCGCCCGCUCUUCUUUCUUCCCAGUCUGUCCACAUCCUGAGUGUCCGCUCUCGUGCGUUAGCACCGGGCAGCCCGUGCACGGGCCAUGGUAUCUCUCUGCGACGAGAUGGUGGAAAGCCCUCCGUGAGGAUACUGUGUGGGGCGUAGGGGCUUACUCUGUGUGUACCAUGGCCUUGGGAACACUGCAGACGCUGAUCCUCUGUUCUUUAAGUUUUAUUUCAGGGGCUCAGGCUUCGUGUUACACUUGAUGCUUUUACUUCCCCCAACUGUACAUAGAACGAUAGUUAUUCCGCCCCUAAACUUCCCGUGAAACUGUGAGCUUUCUGGCUGGAUCUCGGACUUUCUCAUCCCAAGUUCCUCCGACCGAGAAGCCCCGACCGCUGGGAGUGGUGGGGUCUUGAGCCCUCUCCCCCCAGCAGCGGGACCCCGGCAUCCCAAGAGCCCCUGCAGGGCGCGGGGCUCCCGCAGGAACCGCAGCAGCUUCUCCCGGCGAGCUGUGCUGGCCACGCGCUGCUGCUGAGCCCACUGCUAUCCUGGGCGUGGUCCUGCGUAGACAAGCGGGCCCUGGCUGGUCUGUGCUUAGAAUUUCCCACCCAGAGGUCAGCCGUGGUCACUAGCAGCGGUUUUUUCUUCCUUUCUUUUUUUUUUUUUUACAUAGGUUGGGUCCAAAUUAGAGUAAAUCUUUGUUUUUACUUUCCAUAGUUUAGUAACAUGCAGAGUAAUAAUUAUAUAUUUUAAAAUGAGAAGUGUAUCAGUCCUAAGUCGCCUGCUUAUUACCAGAGGACAGAUUUCAAUAUGGUUUUUCAAAGCUUCUGUAGGCCUUAAAGAUGAAUUACAAACUACUCUUUUUUUAAAACCAUUUUCAGAUCAUUGCCAAGUCUUGCUAAGGUCAUCGUGGUAAUCUGCGUUAUUCUUUAAUGUAUGUCAGCGAUGGUAAAAAUGACGCUUUGUUGUGCUGUUCUUGACCUUGUCGGAACCAAUUUUGUAAAUGUCGUCUAACUUUACAAUGGACUGAGCCUGGUUUGGCGUGCUUUUCGUGUUCAGAACGGAGGCCAGGGCGCCCCGCCAGCAACAUGAUGCCUGAGUCCCCGUGUCGAUGCAGAAUCCCCCUCCUCCCCACCUUCAUCGUCCAGGAAAGUAAUGCUGUGUGAUGGAGCCCCCGAAGGGUGAAUCCUUGCCUCUGGGGAGCAGGCAGGUGGGGCAGGGCCAGGCGGGCGGGGCCCUGGCCUCACUGGGUGUCCCAAGGCCACUCCUGACUGCCAUUCCCUCCUUGCUGGACCUCACGUUCACUGCUAGUUGAAAUGUACAGUAAAGGAGGUGACAGCGUUCUAGCUGUUGGACCUGCGCUGUGAGCACGCCCCCUCCUUUAUCCCUCCUGCCCUUCGAUGGGACCACCUGCCCCAGGGCAUCGGGGCUGCGUCUGCCUGAAUCACAGGCACCUGUGAGCACUUUGGAUUCCGGCACCAGGAUAACCAGAAUCUCUGUCUUCCUUCUCUGCCCCCCAGCAGGUCGCUGGGGUCUCCUUGCACAUGUCCCCAUGGGACAGGGUUUCUGUAGGAAGCCCCCACCCUAGCACCUGCCUGGGCCGGAAGGCAGGGAAGGAAGUUUGAGUGGGCAGAGGGGCGAGUGUGCAGGCCAGGAUGCUGUGAGUGGGGUCCUGGCUGUCUGAGUCUCAUGGGAGCCGCGGGGCCCCCAGACGCCACUCUGCCCCCAGAGGGGCGUCGUCACCAAGCCCACCCGUGUUCAUUCCACACCAGCUCCUGCCGACCGGCUGCAGGUGAUUUCUCUCAUCCCGUCACUCCGUGAACUGUUUACAUUAGGACUUCCUUCAGAGCCGGCUCCCGUGUGCUCAGAGGGAACACAUUAGAUGCCUGCGCCGGGUGGGCACUCAGAAGGACCCCCAUCCCUGGGAGGGCAGCUCUGGGAGCCCAGGAGACCUCCCACUUCAUUUCUGCCCCGAGGGUGCUGGUCAGGCUGGACCCUCAAAGCACAGUGACCCAAGUGCACACAUGUGGCCAGGGAGCUGGUGUUGUGCGUGUGUGUGUGUGUGUGUGUGUGUGUGUGUGUGUGUGUGUGCUGCAGUCGCUUUGUGGCAGGGGCGGUCGGGUGGUCAGGGGGCCUUUGAGGGUGGAAAGUGUCAAGAACCUUGAGUGCUUGUUUAUAGAGCCCCCUCCACCCCCCUCACCCCCCCCCCCCAGGUUGCAGAAUCCAGCCCUGCACUUCCACCCUCUGCCGGCAGGGGGCGGGGCAGACCCCAGCCCGGAGCUUGCACUCGUCGCCACCCUGUGGCGUAGUGCACGGGGCUCUAGUGCUAGUGACACAGGCACUGGGCCUCGGGGUCUGUGUCCCAGGCUGGCCUCAGUGCUGCCCCAUGGUGGCCAGGUUCCUAAAAUCCCGGGCUUCCGGUGCAUGAGUCUCUCCGUGGACUUCUGCAGGUGAUUCUCGGUGCAGGACGUUUCCUGUCUUACUGAGGGGAGACUCUGACCAAAGCACAGGGUCUUACAAACCACAUUCCUGCCUGUCUUAAGAGGUCGUGCUCACAGACACCACCCACCACAUGUUCUUUUGCUUAAGACGGAGUUUAACGAGUUAACUUUAGUUCUGACUUCGAGAAUAUUUCCAAGCUUUGUAUGAAUGGAAAGUUCUUCCUAGAAUUUUCUCUUUAAAUUCUGGCAGAGUAAACAGCUGUUCUAGAAGCUUUCCCGCUGUCCCAGCAGAGCCGAGCCCUGUGCUCGGGGCAGGCCACUUGGUUCGGUCGCUGAACCCUGGCUGCAGAUGAGCCCUGGGUGGGGCAGCCCCCACACCACGGUGGGCAAGUUUCCACCUUCUGCCUCCGGAAGCCCAUUCUGGUGGGAAGAGACUUCCUGAAGCCCCUGACCACUCCCUGUCCCGGCCGUCCCUCGUUGCCCUGCAGGUGUCCUGGGGAGCCGGAUGGCAAGGGUGCAGCAGAAUGGGGCUGACGGUGAGGGGGGCCUAGCACCCUCCGUCUGCUCCGCGGAGCCCGGCGGUCUGGGGAGGGAGCGGGGCGCACCCCGCCCCACACCGUUCCGAGCUGUGGGACAGGGCCUCUGGCUUCAGAGAGCCACUACAUUUCGUUUCUCGUGCAGGACUCGGCUCCCGGCAUGAGGGGGUGAGUGCGGCGGGGCGGGGGAGGGGGGCAGAAAGGGAGAAUUGGCGGGCUUGGCAGCGGCCUUCAGGACAUCCCAGAGAGCACAGGUGGGGAGCGAAAGGUGCCUGGGUGCACCCCGCAAAGCGUGUGGGCCUGUUGUCCUGACGGGUAGCACAGAUGUUCCUGUUUGGGGAACUGAAAGUGAAUUCCUAACGUACAACGUGUAGGCUCCAAGGUGAAGAGUGUGUGGAUGUGUUUUGAGUGCUUUCGGCUUUACAGCUGCAUACUUUCUGAUGUCGAAUUUUAGUUGGGAUUCCAGCCAAUGACUGCACGACUGGGCGGACAGGAGGGUUGAGGUGCUGACACAGAGCCCAGCGGGGGCUGGCCUGGGCCUUCCUGGAAAUUAACUCAGACUGUGGAGGCCGUGUGACCCCCUCGGGUCGGAGCACGUUGCCCCUGGGGCCCGGCUGCGGGGGAGGGCCAGGGGGUGGUUUCUCCAGUGCUGGGGUCUCCAGCCCUCCGUCCUGUGGUCCUGUGCACGUGUUUGUAAAGUCCCUGUCAGCGCUGUAGAGGCCGUGUCUGUGUGCUGGUCCUACUGACUUAUGAUUAUCCGUAAAUAAAUCUUUUUCUGGC